AUGGCGACAACUGUACUAUCGAAUUCUGUUUAUUAUUCAGUAUCAUCAGGUCCACAUUCAUCAGCACGAAACAUUGUACUUCAUAAACGACCAGAUCAUACUGGUUUUGGAAUAUAUAUUGGUGAAGAUGUACCAUCUGGUCUUUAUAUAGCAACUGUAGAACGUAACUCACCCGCAGCAAAUGCUAAUAUUCAACCGGGUGAUCGUGUUCUAGCUGUUAAUGGACAAUCAGUAUCAUCUAUGGUUAAAAAUCCAAAAGAAACACUUAUAAAAGCUGCAAACAAUUCUCAAACUCUAACACUUACAAUUCAAUCAACAGAUAUAUUUGAAACACUUAAUAUACCAUUAAUAAAUAGUUAUGAAAAUAAUGAAAAUCAUCUUAAACAGCAAAUAUCAUCACAACGAACAUUCGAUAAAAAUACAAACCUUGAAAGUUAUAUUAAGUCUAUAUUGGGCAAUGAAAAUGUUCAAUUAUUACCAGUACCAAAUUCAUUGAAUGAUAAUCAAUUUAUUUUACAGUCUGGUUCAUAUCCAAUGUCAUCAAUGAAUUUUAAUUCAUAUCCAACUGAUCCUUUUCGUUCAAAAGAUCAUAAACAAGGAUAUCGUCAUCAUCAUCAUCAUCGCCAUCAUCAUCGUCGUCAUCCAAAAAGAAAAAUUGUUGAUUCAAAAGAAACUCAAACAGCAAUGGAUGAUAGUCAAGAUGAAUAUAUAUCACAAGAACAAACAUCAACUUCACUAUCACGACAAUAUCCAUCAAAACCAAUUAUGGGUACAUCACAUCGUAUGUUACGUACACAACAAUUAUCUUCAAAUGAUAAUCCAACAGAUGAAUCAAAUGAUUCUAAAACUUUAUCAACUACUACAAACACAUUUUUGGGUACUGCUGCACAACAAUCUCCAAAACUAGGUCAAGUAACUCGUUUCCCACCAACACAACGUAUGGCUGAUGUGGUUACAGCGGCUGUAGUUGCUUCACGUAAUAAUCCUGAACUAGCUAAAAAUGCUGAAGAAAUUUCCACUCGUCAACCAGGUGACGUUCCUACACGAACUACAACACUUCCUCCAUCUCAGCAAUCAGAUCCUGUCAGUAAACGAGCUAAUGUUGAAGUAAUGCAAGAUCAAAAUCCACCGUUGCCACCAUAUACAGCAGUAGCCGAUACAUAUACAUCAUCGAAACCAGUUGAUAAUCGAGGAAAUAUUAAUGGAGUUUCAGAUAAUAUUCGUAGUGCUCCAGAAAAUCGACAACCAGCAAUGACACCAAAAGUUGACAUGAAUAUGAUUCCAUCAUCAAUACGGGGCGAAGGUGUACGUGUUAUACAUUUACGUCGUUCACCAGAUUAUGAAGGUUUUGGUUUUCAUUUGCAAUAUAAUAAAAAUUAUUUUCUUGUUCAUAAAAUUGAAAAUGAUAGUCCAGCUGCUAGCAGUGGUCUUAAAUUAGAUGAUAUUGUACUUUCAGUAAAUCAACAAUCAACAGAAAACAUGCCUCAUCCUACCUUUGUUUCAAUAGUUAGUGGAAGUUCCAAUGUUGACUUUAUUGUUCAACCUCGGGAAGCAUAUUUACGUUCGAAGGAUCAACCAAAACAGAAUAUCCAACCACUACCACCAAUUCCAAGAAAUAACAAUAAUGAAGACAAUAAUUCACUUAAAACAGGUCUUUCAAAAGCCUUGAGCAAAAUAAAAAGUCGUUGA